AGAAGCCGACGACGACGACGAAGAGAGAGAAAUUCAGAGAAGCUCGCUGCUCUUCGUUUAUAAGCGACGCCAAGACAAGUCGGGUGGUAGAGAGAGAAAGUGAGAGUAGAAAGGGAGGACAUUUGUAGUACUAUUCCGUAGGAGAGAGAGACAAGAAGAAGAAGAAGAAGAAGAGAGAGAGAGAGAGAGAGAGGAGGCGGCCCGUCCGGCGUCGAGGUGGGCGGCGGCGGAUGGGGGACUCCGGCGGCUCCGUCGUGUCGAUCGACGUGGAGCGCAUCUCCUUCGGCGGCAAGGAACAUCAUAUACAUACCAAUCAUGGACCCGUAUCUGUUGCGGUGUAUGGUGACCAUGACAAGCCGGCUCUUGUUACUUAUCCAGAUAUUGCUUUAAAUCAUAUGUCUUGCUUCCAAGGAUUGCUCUUCUGCCCUGAAGCUGCUUCAUUGUUGCUUCACAAUUUUUGCAUUUACCAUAUCAGCCCCCCAGGACAUGAGUUGGGGGCAGCUCCAAUUUCGCCAAAUGCUCCUAUACCAUCUGUUGAUGAUUUGGCUGAUCAGGUUGCAGAUGUUCUCGAUUUCUUUGGGUUAGGUUCCGUAAUGUGCUUAGGUGUCAGUGCGGGUGCUUACAUUCUUACUCUCUUCGCAGCGAAGUAUAGGGAUCGUGUACUAGGUCUUAUUCUUGUUUCUCCCCUAUGUAAACCUCCCACGUGGACUGAGUGGUUUUAUAAUAAGGUGGCAUCCAAUUUGUUAUAUUACUAUGGGAUGUGUGGACUGGUGAAGGAGGGCUUACUGCAGCGGUACUUCAGCAAGGAAGUGCGGGGGUGCUCUGAUUUACCUGAAUCUGACAUAGUGCAAGCUUGUAGAAGUUUGCUAGAUCAACGGCAGAGCAUGAAUGUGUGGCGCUUCGUACAGACAAUGAACAUGAGAUAUGACUUGACAGAAGACCUGAAGCAGCUUCAGUGUAGGACCCUUAUUUUUGUCGGCGAGUACUCUCAGUUCCAUACUGAGGCUGUUCACAUGACAUCAAAGCUGGACAGGAGAUACUGUGCUCUAGUUGAGGUCCAAGCAUGUGGGUCGCUCAUAACGGAGGAGCAACCACACGCGAUGCUUAUACCCAUGGAGUACUUCUUCAUGGGUUAUGGCCUGUACAGACCAAGCCAGUUGGACUGUAGCCCGCGCAGCCCCCUCAGCCCAUUCUGUAUAUCACCCGAUCUCCUGUCACCCGAAAGCAUGGGAGUAAAACUAAAGCCAAUCAAGACAAGAGUCAGGCUUGAAGUGUAGCAUAGCACACAGGUAAAUAAGGGUGGUGCAGAGGGGUGUCGCUUAGGGCUGACAUGGUGUGAGUUUAGGCUAACCUGAUGGUCGGUUUACUGAGUUAUAAUUUUUUGGUGGGUAAAACAAGAUAAUUUUUAUACUGUCAUGUAGAUAUAGGAAAUGCUAGGUUGGUCAGGUCUGGUGGGGUGGGGUUGUAUUCCAUUAAUUUGUAGCCAUAAACCUGUAAAUUGUUACACAUUGUUUAUCAAAAGCAAAGGAAAAUAAUAGCAGAAAGGUGAGCUGUUGGUGAUCA